UAGCAUGCUCCCUGGGUGGCUGGAGAAGAGGAUGAGGGCUGCCCAGUGGCCCUGCUCUCCGCCCUCAGAUAAGAACCGGGAAGGCUGGAGAAACCCAGGAUGCAGGGCUUCUCUGGGACGCGGCGCCGUGUCCCCAAACGAGGUCCCCGGGGGGCCACCUGCAGAUAGUCGGCGGGCAGCCCGGCCCCCACGUCGGGGCUAGCUCCGCGGGUAAGGCACAGGGUCCCGCAGGCCGCCUGUCGCAGGCGAUCGGGGUCACCCUGGUGGGCGGCCCGGGUACGGGCUGCCAUGGAAUUUCAGGACGUGAGCGGAACUGAGGCGCCCGCGGGGCGAUUCUCCGGCUGUUGGGUGAGGACGGUGGAGAGGAGACUUCCCGGGCUUGCGCGUGGACCCUGGGGGCGUCAGGCUGCCCAGUGCCUCAGGUCCCGGGGUUCGCUGCUGCGCAGUGCCGUCGCCCUGGCAACCGGCGCUGCGGAGGGGGCGGGGGCGCGGGGACCCCCAUCUCCGUCAGGCGGGCACAGGCGGCUGGGAGCGCGGGGCGGGGCCUCAGGCCGGGGGCGGGGCGCGCGCGCGGGCUCGGGGCGCAGCUGAGCGCAGAAGAGCGCGGCCUCGGCCCCGCGCACCUACAGGCUCCGCGGAGCCGACCCCGGCGCGGCGCAGCAUCUGGCCGGCGGCGGAUUCUGAGCUCGCCAGCCGGGAGCAGCGGCGCCCUCGGGGCGGCUGGACGGGCCCCGCGCCAUGCCCGAGGGCUGAGCGCCGCCGCCGCCGCCGCCGCCGCAGGGCCUCGUCCCGCCUAGCGUGGGGCCGCGCGCGCCCAGGUCGGGGCCCCGGCGGCCGACCAUGGUGCUGCCGCCCCCGGACCGGCGCCACGUGUGCCUGACCACGCUGGUGGUCGUGGGCAGCAUGGCGGUCAUGGACGCGUACCUGGUGGAGCAGAGCCAGGGCCCGCGCAAGAUCGGCGUGUGCAUCAUCGUGCUGGUGGGCGACGUGUGCUUCCUGCUGGUGCUGCGCUACGUGGCCGUGUGGGUAGGCGCCGAGGUGCGCACGGCCAAGCGCGGCUACGCCAUGAUUCUCUGGUUCCUCUACAUCUUCGUGCUGGAGAUCAAGCUCUACUUCAUCUUCCAGAACUACAAGGCGGCGCGGCGCAGCGCGGCCGACCCGGUGGCGCGCAAGGCGCUGACGCUGCUGCUGUCGGUGUGCGUGCCCGGCCUCUUCCUGCUGCUCGUGGCGCUCGACCGCAUGGAGUACGUGCGCACCUUCCGCAAGCGCGAGGACCUGCGCGGCCGCCUCUUCUGGGUGGCGCUGGACCUGCUGGACCUGUUGGACAUGCAGGCCAACCUGUGGGAGCCGCCGCGCACCGGGCUGCCCCUGUGGGCCGAGGGCCUCACCUUCUUCUACUGCUACAUGCUGCUGCUGGUGCUGCCGUGCGUGGCGCUCAGCGAGGUCAGCAUGCAGGGUGAGCACAUCGCGCCGCAGAAGAUGAUGCUCUACCCGGGGCUCAGCCUCGCCACCGUCAACGUGGUGGCCGUGCUGGCGCGCGCCGCCAACAUGGCUCUGUUCCGCGACAGCCGCGUCUCGGCCAUCUUCGUGGGCAAGAACGUGGUGGCGCUCGCCACCAAGGCCUGCACCUUCCUGGAGUACCGCCGCCAGGUGCGCGACUUCCCGCCGCCCGCGCUGGCUCUGGAGCUGCAGCCCCCAGCCCCCCAGCGCAACUCGGUGCCGCCGCACGCGCCACUGCACGGCCAGCCGGGCCGCCCGCACGGGCCCUCGCCCACGCGAGACGCCCUGGACACGUGACAGGGGCCGCCGCGGGGCGCUGAGAUGCGUGGCGGCAGGCGCGCGGUUUGCAUGGGAUGGGGUGGGGGCGGGUUCCCAACGGGGCCAGGUGCGGAGAGUGCCCGAACCCCGGGGGCCCCCCGGCCGCUUCUUCAUCUCAGGAAUCCUUCGGACCACGGACCUCAGCCCCUGCUCGGCCAGUCCGCCCAGCGUGGGCGCCGCUGUGUACGGCCCCGAGCCAGAGCGGGAAGGGUCCCACCGCCGCCUCCUGGGGGCCUGGGUGGGAAGGGAGGACAGAGUGGGCGGAGGUCUGGUCCCCUGGGGUCCCUGGGUGGGGGCCUCUGGCUCAGAGUUUGGGACUAAGGAGGCCUCUGUCAUUUUAAAGACUCUUGUUUACAGUUUUGUAUGGAACGUGGCACUGCUCUGCCUGUUUGAUGCGUCCAGUCUCUUGAUAGCCGCGGAGGGGCGUCUGAGGGGCGGGGUGCGAGCGAGUGACGGUGGGCGGCUGAGCCAGUCCACUUCUGUCCUGUCCUGGUCUCUCUGGGCAGUCAGACGGGGACGGCAGGGAGGACCCGUGGGAGAGUGGGUCUCGGGGGUCCUAGGCUUCCGCUCCCUCUGCCGGCGGUCUGUUUUGGGUUCCUGCCACUUCCCGGAGGAGCCCCUUGCUGGCCCUUGGGUCUCCCACUAGCGAUGGGGCCGUUGCUGUGGGGUUGGCUUGGCUGUGAGGCCCCGUGUCCCGGUGUCAGAGGCGGGAACUUGUCGCACUCCCAGGGCAGAGAGGACGGCUCUGGGCUCACGGAGCCGCAAGCUCACCCGUCCUCCUGGGCCUCAGCGCUGCUCCGCGCCUCCCACCUCUGCCUCCACUGGCCUCCGCGGCCCUGCAGCGCCAGGGACACUGGUCCUGACUUGGUUUAAUGGGCCAUGUGCCCUGCCCCCCGACUUUGAGGACCCCCGAAUGAGGCCCAGGCCGGCGCCCACCGUUUUCAUGCCCGGCGCCGUUGUCUGGCUCGUGGCCCGAGGUGUCUGCCCUCUGGGUUUGCCUUGGGAACAAGAUGGGGACGUCCCAGCCUGCCCUUCCCUGGCUUCCUGAGGUGGCCUGUGAUGGCCAGAAGUGACAGCAGUGCCACCCAGCUGGUCCCCGUGUGUCAUCCCGUCACUCAUCAGCUCACAGCUCCCGUCAUCUCAAAAACAGCAUCCAAAUUCGGGAAGGAGAGGGCGGAGGCUCCUCCUUUCGCGCUUCCCCUCUUGGUAGGAAGUCCCUCUCAGAAGCCCCCAGCGUGCGCCCCUCCGGGGCCCUGGGCCAGAACUGGUUCCAUGACGGCCGUGUUCUGAGGGCCGGCCUUGGGGGUGGGGCACCUGCCUCGUUGGGUCUGGGGUCUGACAGCCCGGGAUGCCAGCGGGAGACCAGGCCCCUGGGUUUGAGGCCGAGGACCUUGCCCUCCUCCCCAGAGUGAGGGGCCUCCGCGUCCCCCUUCCUCCGCCUGGAAUGCGGGCUCAGACGCACCUCGCCUGCCGUGGUGGCACGAGGCAGAGUCCGCCCCUGCACGACGCAGCUCGGUCCCUCUAGACGAAAACACAUUCGAACUCCUGGCCCGUCUUCUUCCGUUCCAAAGCACGUUCACUUUUUCUGUAGGAAAAUAGCUUCAUCAUAGUAAAAACCCAACUUGGCAAAAUUGAACUCCCUCAUAUUAAGUAAUAGCUAAACUUCACAUCAUCCGAUUCAUUUUGUCCAGUAACGCGGUGGAGACCCAGUUAGUGACAAGCCCAGAACAGAAGCCACCACCGUCAUCGCCCCUGUUAGGAUGGCCGCCACAUUGUCUGCUCUCUGGGGACCCUUUUGCCGAUGGCCCAGGUGGAAGAGGGAUGGGACACCGCAGUGUUGCACGGCCUCUCGUGGCUGAAGCGUGAGUGGCUUAAUCUGUGGCAAAAACAAGGUAACUGCCGGUUCACCGGAGAAAGACCAAGGAAAAGGCCCCUCAGUCAGAGGGUCUGAGGCUGGGCGCUGCCCGAGGGGUUCAGACUGGCGGUGGGGGCUCAGCUGUGUCAGCUGGGUCAGCACGCAGGGCGCCCGGGGCAGACGUCUCCCAGGGAGACAGCUGGAGGUGGGGUCGCACCAGGGGGCUGAGAGUGGAACGGCAGCGGUUCGGAUUGGGUGCGGUGGUCAGGGUUCUGUGGAGAGACAGAGCCAGUGGGAGAGAUACAGAACAGAAGAGACCCUUUACGAGGGGUUGGCUCACGCAACCAUGGAGGCCGAGCGGGCCCACGACCUGCCAGCUGCGGGCUGGGGACCAGGAGAACGGCGCUGUCGUUCAGUCUGAGUCCGAAGGUCCAUGAAGCAGGAGCGCGGAUGUCCGAGGGCAGGAGAGGAUGGACGUCCCAGCUCAGGCAGAGGCGAACCCACCUCCCGUCCCCCCUUACCCCCUCCUCCCUCCAGGCCUCCAGGAUUGGGUGAGGCCCACCGCACGGGGAAGGCCAUCUGCUUACACCCUCACCGACACACCCAGGAAUAGUCUCACAUGCUACCUGGGCGUCCUGUGGCCCAGCCCGCUUGACACAUCAA